AUGAGCAAAAAACUGAGUUUGAAGUGGUUUGGGAGCCUCACAAAUCUCUCCUCCAGAAAGUCCAAAAGCAGAGCAGCUUCUGGGCCUCAUGGGAGCCCGAGCAGCCCCUGCGAGGCCUCAACAGCGGCGGGGGGGCAGUCGCUGGACGACAUGGAGCCCCGCCUCCACAGUCCUGGCUACGCCCGCUCCGAGGACAUGUACACGCAUGUCGGCACCGUGCCCCGCGGCGAGGGCCGGAGGAAGAGCCGCAGGGGGGCAAAGGGGCAGAAGGCAGAGGAGGCGGGGCCGAGAGGGGGGCCGGGCAGACCGAAGGCGGGGGAACACGUCCCGGACUCUCCACUGCUCUCCGCCCUGUCCAGCCUCAGUCUGACCAGCAUGGAGCCAGUUUCCACCCGGCCGCUGCCCUCCACCCCAACACCCGUCCGAGCUUCACCUUUGACCUCGGCACCUGGCGGCGACGUCGGAAACGCUCCAGAUGAUCCCGCCGCCCGCUGCCAGGCGCCACAGAGGGCCACGAAGCCUCACAGGAGAAACACAGCAGCCUCCAAACAGGAUGUGUACGUGCCGAUGGACCCAGUGUCCGACCCACAAACAGAGAGGCAACGAGGCCUCGCAUGUGCACCUGGAACCAGCAGGACCAGCUCACCAGAAGAGGGGAGUCAUGACAGGUGUCCGGUCGGGACAGACGGUGGUGGAGAGUAUGUGAAGUUCUCCAAGGAGAAGUGCUGGUUGGAGCCUCCGUCGGAGAAGGUGAAGAAGCAACUGGAGGAGGAGCUGAAGCUGAGCGGCACCGACCCGAAGAGCCAGGCCUGGUACCACGGACUCAUCCCCUGGGAGGUGUCGGAGAGCCUGGUGGUGAACCAGGGGGAUUUCCUCAUCAGGGCCUCUCAGUCCAGUCGGGGCGACUUUGUCCUGACAAGCCGCUGGGAGCAGAAAACGCUUCACUUCCCCAUCAGGAGGGUGGUGCUGCAGUCCGCUGAGCUGAGCCCCCGGGUCCAGUACAGCCUGGAGGGAAAGCAGUUCGACUCCUUACCGGCUCUAGUUCACUUCUACCUGGGCAGCCGGGCGGCUCUGACCCAGUGGAGCGGCGCACAGAUCCACCAGCCAGUGAACCGGACGCUGCCACUCGGCCAGCUAGAGGCGGCCUUCAGCACAGGAGGGGAGGAGCGCCUCAGUCUGAAAAGUCCUUCCCGUCUCCACCACAAGGGGGCAGAAGUUUGCGGGGAGCAGAGGAGCCCUGCAUCUACGUUAGCUGGAGAAACCUCCAACUUCACUGCCUGCAGCCACAGCUUGACCAACACAAAUGUCUACAACAGCCUGCUGCUUUCUGCUGGUAUUUCACCUCGUUUUGGGACACAGAAUGACACAAAGGAGCAUUUCCUCGAGUCAUAUCUACAACUGAAAGAGUGUUCAAAUUAUCAAAAACUCUGA